AUGGUGGAAAAGGUCUACGUAACAUACAAUGAGAUCCACAAACUAUGCCAGAAGGCAGCCCCGAAGAUCCUCGAAGACUUUCAGCCGAACCUCAUGAUCGCGAUUGGUGGUGGUGGCUACGUUCCUGCCAGAAUACUCAGAUCCUUUCUCAAGCAGCCGGGUAGUCCAAACAUUCCCAUUCAAGCUAUUGGCUUGUCUCUGUACGAAACACUAUCUGGCUCCGAUCCUGUCGAAGCCCCUGGCACAAAAGUCACGCGAACGCAAUGGCUCGAUCUGUCGUCUCUGGAAAUGUCCAAUCUGAUCGGCAAGAACGUUUUGAUUGUCGACGAAGUGGACGACACUCGCACGACGCUCGAGUACGCAGUCAAAGAGUUGGAGAAAGACGUUGAGACAGCCAGACAACAGCAAGGCAGAACAGAGAAGACGAAAUUCUCGAUAUUCGUACUGCACAACAAAGACAAGGUCAAGAAGGGACAUCUUCCGGAAGACAUGAUCAAUGAGAACCGAUACUUGGCUGCAGUCACUGUCGGUGAUGUGUGGAUCUGCUAUCCCUGGGAGGCCAUUGAUAUUGAUGAACAUGAUAAACUGGCGGUUGAGAAGAGCGCCAAUUAG